CAACAUUGGAGAUUCAAACAAUUGCCAUAUUAGUAGUAUCCAACACUAGGAAAAAAAGCCUAUCUUAGCUUCUCCAAAACCCAAUAAAAAGCCCUUUAUAAGCCGUUAAAAAUACUAUUUCACCUCAAAUAACAUUUCUUUUUUACUCUAAGCUAUACAAUCUUGUUUUGGGAUUUUAUAUUAAAGGGAGAGAGUGUGGUAAUAAGACUGCCGUUUUGAGGCAAAAAGCCUCUGUAGUGUUUUGCUCCCCUCUGCACUUUAUUCCCUUCAAAUUUGAUACUUUGCCUUGUUACCCUCAACGAGGUAUUGAAAAUAGAACAUUUACAUAGUCCCACAAACCUCUCUCUUUAACAUUUUCUUGAAUCCAAUAGUUCAUUUUGUGAAAGAGAAACAAAGUCAAUUAUCUCAAGUGGGGUUCUUUGAUUUCUACUUGUGUUUUGAUACUCAAGCAUUUUACAAUGUGUAACAAAUGUCACAUCUUCCUUAUCCAAAAUCGUUUUCUUUUCAUUACUUGAUGAAACUCUGGUCCCUAUUUGACUAUAAUCUGUCAAAUGUUCUGUGUUUUAUGCUCAAAGAUUGCUGCUUUUUUUUUUUAUUGAUUCUUGAUCUUGGCAACUCCACUGAAUUGAAAACAAAAUCCCAAAGUUGAGUGAUUGUUGGAGAAAUUAGUGUAUUUGUUGAUCUUUAUUCAAAUCCAUUCUGGGCAAAAAGCCAGAAAUUUCAAUCUGUACAGCAACAAGGACUAGAAAGAUUCAAUCUUUAUGAAACAAUGAGAGAUGGGAGCUGUAAAAAAAACAAGUUCUCUUGGCCCAAGAGUCUGGUAAAGAAAUGGUUCAAUAUCAAGAGCAAAGCUGAGGAUUUCCAAGCUGAUGAUAUUGUCUAUGGAGGUGUUGAUAAUGAAUGGAGGAACAACUUCUUAGAGAGGCAGGCUUCCACUAACAAGAAAAAAAGUAAAACAGAAAAAAAACUUAUAGACAAGUCAGGGAGAAGGAAUGCUGAUCGUUUUCAUCGAAAUAAGAUUGACCUCGACACUUCAGAGGUUACAGAUGUGGAUAACUACCGGAUCUUUGUAGCUACAUGGAAUGUGGCUGGAAAAUCUCCACCGAAUAAUUUAAAUCUUGAUGAUUGGCUCCAUACCUCACCUCCUGCUGACAUCUAUGUUCUCGGGUUUCAAGAAAUUGUUCCUUUGAAUGCUGGUAAUGUUUUGGGGACAGAAGAUAAUGGUCCGGCUAGAAAAUGGCUAGCACUCAUCCGAAAAACUCUCAACAGUCUUCCUGGAACAAGUGGUGGUGGUUAUCGUACACCCUCUCCAGUUCCUAAUCCUGUGGUUGAACUAGAUGCUGACUUUGAGGGAUCGGCAAGAGAACAAGCCUCGUCUUUCUUCCAUCGUCGCUCAUUUCAGACAUUAAGCCGUAGCAUGAGAGUAAUGGAGAGCGAAAUGUCAAUGCCACGGGCUCAACUUGAUCGGCGAUUUAGUGUUUGUGAUAGAGGUGUGUUUGGGGGAAGGCCAAGUGAUUACGACCCAUACGCCCAAUGGGGCGGUUCCUCUGAUGAUGAAAACGGUCCAGAUGAUUCACCUAUUACGACCCAUUGUUCCCCGAUUUCAUAUAGUGGUUCCAUCUCUUUAGAGGACAGAGACAGGCAGCCACUGCAAUCAAGAUACUGUCUUGUUGCGAGUAAGCAAAUGGUUGGAAUAUUUCUUACUAUCUGGAUUAGAAGUGAACUAAGAGACGAUGUUCGCAACCUGAAAGUGUCUUGUGUUGGUAGAGGAUUAAUGGGUUAUCUAGGGAACAAGGGCUCAAUCUCAGUUAGCAUGUCACUGCACCAAACAAGCUUCUGCUUCAUUUGUAGUCAUUUAACAUCUGGACAGAAAGAGGGAGAUGAGCUCCGGAGAAACUCUGAUGUCUUGGAGAUUCUAAAGAAAACAAGGUUUCCAAGGGUUCAUGGCUUUGGGGAUGACAACUCUCCUCAAACAAUCCUCGAGCACGACCGAAUCAUAUGGCUUGGGGAUUUGAACUAUCGGAUUGCCUUGUCUUACCGAACUGCCAAGGCACUGGUAGAGAUGCGCAAUUGGAGGGUGCUGUUAGAUAAUGAUCAGCUGCGGAUAGAGCAGAGGAUGGGACGUGUUUUUAAUGGAUGGAGUGAAGGAAGAAUAUACUUCCCUCCGACAUACAAGUACUCAAGUAAUUCAGAUAGAUAUGCAGGAGAGGACACACACCCAAAAGAGAAACGAAGAACCCCUGCUUGGUGUGAUCGCAUAUUAUGGUAUGGUCGAGGCCUGCAUCAAAUAUCUUAUGUUCGUGGAGAGUCUAGAUUCUCGGACCAUAGACCAGUUUAUAGUAUAUUCUUGGCAGAGGUUGAGUCCAUCAACCGCCAUCGUAUCAAGAAAAGUUUGAGCUACGCUAGCUCUAGGGUUGAAGUUGAAGAGUUAUUGCCCCAUUCAUAUGGAUAUGGUGGACAUUACUACUAAGACACAGAAUAUUUGAUGAAGUAUCCUAUCUCAUAAACUCCAUAUUAAAUGCUUUAGGUUACACAGUCAAGAUUUGGAGUUUUGGAGCUUAUGCUGCAAAAUUUAGAGGAAGAUUCUAAGCAGCACUUCUAAACAGGAAUCUGCAAAAUGUGAGGACUUCAGAAGGGAUGAUAAUGCUGUAUGAUAAAUCUGCAGGUUUUCUACCUCAAGUCAGGCGUAGAGCAGAGCAGUUCUGCCAGAUUAAAGAAGGUUUUUUGUUGAAAUAUAUGGAAAUAGGAACAGACAAGCAAGAUCAAGAUUCAGAAACACAAUUCUUGGAAAUGCUUAGCUCUGAAUGCCAGGAUAUGGUUGUUUCAGGACACACGGACAGACUCUUGAGGAAGGUGCUAUGGUUAAGCGAAGAAUUGGUUCUGGUGCAUUCUCAUCUCUUUUGAGGAAAAACUAAAAUCAUUGUGAUACAAAAUGUGAUAAAAGUUUAUGCACAGAUAGACUUCUUCCACACUUUAUUCUUUAGGGUGGUAGGCCUAGUCUUCUUUUUGUCCUUCAUUCUAUUUGAAGAAAAAGAAACUUUGGCGUGUAUUUAUUGCCACACACAAAUAAGGAGAGCUGUGGGUAUAUAUCUUAGGGGGUAAGGAGUGGACAUCAAUGACAUUACUGAAAAGUAUAUGUUUUUCUGAAAAGAAAAAGGAAUCACACUUUGCUUGGAUACUUAUU